AUGACGGGGGCUCCGCCGUAUAAUCCUCAGUCCCCUACUCAGCAAUCUCGCUAUCCUGCUUACUCUCCUACUGCGAAGAACCGGUCUUUCUAUCCGAACAAUGACCAAUACCAGCAGCGACCUCCUCAAACUCCCCCUGCGUUCCCUCCGCAAUCCUCUUUAUCCCGAAGUCCACACUACUCCCAUGCGCCCUCUCCUCUACCGGCGACUCUACCUCCAUUGAAUGGGAGUGCGCCUCCACCCUCCCAUCCUUCGGACCCCUCGUCGCAAUAUCAGCCACAUUCAUCCGCAGGGAAUCCCCAGUUCCCUCUUCCGCGGCCAUAUUCCGGGUCCGUCUUGCAAGGCAAUGGCGCGCCUCCUUACGGCCACUCUACUCCGUCCCAUCCCCAUCCGUCGAGUCGACCGGACGGCCACCCACAAGCUUCUCCCAAGAAGGAGACAGAGUCUCCUUUUCAAAUGGGAAGUCAUGUCGUUGCAGGAUAUUCGUCAUCUAUAAUGCGGGAGCCAAGAGCACCCUCCCCCCCCAAAGAAGCUAAGCCUGCUCGUGCUGCCGAUCCUAUGUCCUUCGCCAGUAUUCUGUCUGGACCCGCAGACGAAGAGCACGCUCCCCCUAAGCGAGCGUCGCCCCCGCCAGCGACAACACCGGUUCCUUCAGCCCCAGCUUCGGUUGCUGCGACGAGCCUUAGUCCCCCCCCACCAGCUCCUGUUGUACCAACCAAAGCCAAACCUCUCGAACCUGUCACAUCAGCUCCGUCCUCGCGAUCGGAAAAGAAACCGGCCUCAGAGAGGCGUCGACGGACUACCGAGAAGGAACACAAAGUAACUGAAUCCCCAGCUCCUACCUCGGCCAAUGGCAUGUCGGAGCCCAGGACAUCUCGUGCUCCUACUCGAAGAACCCUGUCUGAACGAGAUACGGAGAUUAUCAACAAGAUCAUGAACGAGAUUGACAACGCAGAGAAGAGCGACGUGGAAGCUCCUGGUUUUGAGAAAGAGCGUGAGCGUUAUCUUUCAAAGGGCAUGAAACGAGUUUUAGAUUAUGACCAGACUGAAAGUCUCAAACGCAAGCGUCGGCGCCAUGAUUUCCUGAUUAAGCUUGGGAAAACGUUCGAGAAACAGGCUGCCGCCGGUAUGGAGCGAUUCCGAAUCACAAACGAAGCGUCCGUUAUUACCGAAGUCCAGGCGAAAGAAAUUCAGGACGAAAAAGAACGCAAGAAGGACAUGCAACGAAAGCGCCGCAGGGAGAACACCGUGCGGAUGGAAAUGCAGAAGAAGCUCGAAGCGGAGAUCAAGGCCAAUGAAGCCCAGGACUCUGCCGAGAAGGCCAAGUUCCUCCGUGAAGCCGAAAGGGCUCAGAGGAAGAUCAAGACUACCAAACGGGCGUUGGAAGGAGUCACUGCUCCGGAGGAGAUUGGUGAGAUCACGCCACUGGCUCCCAACCUUGAGGGCGGCACUACCAGCUCUUUCCAUAUUGGCCGUGGCUCCCCGUCAAGACGCAAGUCCGGCCGGGGUGGUCCUGUCACGCGGCCUAAGAAAUCCAAGGAGCAGAAGCAAGCCGAAAAAGAUGCCGCGGAGGCCGCUUACGCUGCGAUGGAAAAUGACGAGCCCUUGCCAAUUGCACCCAAGGAGGAUCCCCGGAAGGAGUCCCUCAAGAAAGAGGCUAAGGGUAGUCGGUCCAAGGAGGCUACCCCCACUCCCCAUUCUGCAUACGAGACAAAGGGAUAUAACCAGAUCUACGAGCAGAUCUGGCGGGAUAUUGCUCGUAAAGACAUUCCCAAGGUUUCCCGUAUCAAAGCUAUAUCCCUUUCCACACGCCAGGAAAACCUGCGCAAAACAGCGCAGCUCGCUAGCAAGCAGUCUCGAAAAUGGCAAGAGCGUACGAAUAAAAGUAUGAAAGAUACCCAAGCGCGUGCUAAACGAACUAUGCGUGAGAUGAUGUCCUUUUGGAAACGCAAUGAAAGAGAAGAGCGUGAUUUGCGUCGCCUUGCUGAAAAGCAAGAGAUCGAGUCCGCCAAGAGGGCGGAAGCUGAGCGUGAAGCGAACCGCCAGAGACGCAAGCUUAACUUCCUGAUUUCGCAGACUGAGCUGUACUCUCACUUCAUCGGUCGAAAGAUCAAAGGUGCAGAAGGCGAUUCCUCCGGGGAUGUAGCGAUGGAGGGUGCAGACGACGCAGCCAAGAGCCAAGGGGCCUCCUCCGACUUAAAUUCCGGCGCCAAAGUCACCAAGUUCGAGGACUUGGACUUUGAUGCAGAAGAUGAUACCGCUUUGCGGCAGGCUGCUAUGGCCAACGCGCAAAACGCUGUUCAGCAAGCCCAGGAACGAGCUCGCGCAUUCAACUCGGAUCAGGGCCCUAUGGCCGCACUGGAUGAGGGUGAACUGAACUUCCAAAACCCUACCAGCUUCGGUGACAUCGAGAUAUCUCAGCCGACAAUGCUCACAGCUAAGCUGAAGGAAUACCAGCUGAAGGGUCUGAAUUGGCUGGUCAAUUUGUACGAACAGGGUAUCAACGGUAUCCUCGCAGAUGAGAUGGGUCUUGGUAAGACCAUCCAAUCGAUCUCCGUCAUGGCCUACCUUGCAGAAGUGCAUAACAUUUGGGGGCCCUUCCUGGUCAUUGCCCCCGCGUCAACCCUCCAUAACUGGCAGCAAGAGAUUACCAGGUUCGUUCCUGAUAUCAAGGUUUUGCCAUAUUGGGGCUCUGCCAAAGACCGCAAGAUUCUUCGCAAGUUCUGGGACCGCAAACAUAUCACCUACACCAAAGAGUCGGAAUUCCACGUCUUGGUGACAUCGUAUCAACUUGUGGUCCUUGAUGCCCAAUAUUUUCAGAAAGUCAAGUGGCAAUAUAUGAUCCUUGAUGAAGCCCAGGCCAUCAAAUCUUCGCAGAGUUCACGUUGGAAGAAUCUUCUUGGCUUCCACUGCCGUAACCGCCUGUUGCUUACGGGUACUCCUAUUCAGAAUAAUAUGCAAGAGCUGUGGGCUCUUCUUCAUUUUAUCAUGCCUACCCUGUUUGACUCUCACGAUGAGUUCAGCGAAUGGUUCUCAAAGGACAUUGAAUCGCAUGCCCAAAGUAAUACGAAGCUCAAUGAAGAUCAGCUUAAACGUCUUCACAUGAUUUUGAAGCCAUUCAUGCUCCGUCGUGUUAAGAAACAUGUGCAACAAGAACUCGGUGACAAGGUGGAAAAGGACGUCUUCUGUGACCUCACCUACCGCCAACGUGCAUACUACACCAACCUGCGCAAUCGUGUGAGCAUCAUGGAUCUCAUCGAGAAGGCUGCUGUCGGCGACGAAACUGAUAGCACAACCCUAAUGAACCUGGUCAUGCAAUUCCGAAAGGUCUGUAACCAUCCAGAUCUAUUUGAACGGGCAGAGACAAAGUCGCCUUUCUCUGUUGUUCAUUUCGCGGAAACUGCGUCAUUUGUUAGGGAAGGCAACAAUGUCGAUGUGGCUUAUUCGACGCGAAAUUUGAUUGAGUACACUGUGCCACGAAUGCUCUGCAGUUCCGAUGGCCGCGUCGACAUGGCAGGACCCAGUAAUCCCCUAGCGGGCUUCCGUACCAAGUACCUGGUUCAUCUGAUGAAUAUUUUCACUCCUGAGAAUAUUCAGAAUAGCAUUGAAGAAGAUGGAGCCUUUUCUUUCUUGCGAUUUGUGGAUACUUCCAUUGGUGAAGCUUCUGAACAGUCUCAUCUUGGUGUCUUCGAACGUGCUGUCCGUCGUCGUGGGCAAACUAAUAGAUUAUCCCGGUGGAAUGUUAUCUAUGAUGAAGAUGAAGUGAAGACAUCUACGCUUGCCCAUACUAUGUUCAACAUCGUCCAAUGCAACGAUCGUCAUGCUGUUUAUGAGAUUGCACCUGAAGGAUGCAUGCGUGAUCUCAUGAAUGUUUCUCGAACAGCUUUCGAUCGUGAUGGUCUGGGAGUUGUUGAACCUUGUACCGCCCCAGCGGCGUCCGCUCCUCCCAUCUCGCUAGUCUGCUCUAAUCAACAAGCACCGAAGGAGAUUGAGGAAAGCCUUUUCAACAUUUCCGUUCGACAUGCCCUGUUCAGCACACCCUCCAGGCUCAUGGAACAGCAGAUCCUUGAGAAGAAACUGGAUCCUUAUCCGUACUCCCUUGCUCCCAUGGUACCCAAACCAACUUCAGUCAAGGGACGCUACACCCACAUCGAGGUUCCCUCUAUGCGGCGCUUUGUCACAGAUUCUGGCAAACUGGCUAAGCUGGAUGAGUUGCUACGGGAACUCAAGGCAGGAGGCCACCGUGUGCUGCUCUAUUUCCAGAUGACCCGCAUGAUUGACCUGAUGGAAGAAUAUCUAACGUACCGCAAUUACAAGUAUUGUCGCUUGGACGGAAGCACCAAACUCGAAGAUCGUCGGGACACAGUGGCCGACUUCCAGCAACGGCCGGAGAUUUUUGUGUUCCUCUUAUCUACUCGUGCUGGUGGUUUGGGUAUUAACUUGACGGCGGCAGAUACCGUCAUCUUCUAUGAUUCAGACUGGAAUCCAACAAUUGACUCCCAGGCCAUGGACCGAGCUCACCGUCUUGGUCAAACCCGACAAGUUACAGUAUACCGCCUCAUUACCCGUGGCACCAUCGAAGAGCGCAUUCGCAAGCGAGCCUUGCAGAAAGAAGAGGUGCAGCGAGUUGUUAUUUCAGGUGGUGCGGCCGGCGGCGUGGAUUUCAAUACUCGCAACCGCGAGAGCAGAACCAAGGAUAUCGCGAUGUGGCUGGCCGAUGACGAGCAAGCGGAGCUUAUUGAGCAGAAGGAGAAGGAAGCCCUCGGCCGCGGUGAAGCUUUUGGUGCCAAUAAGGGUGCGAAGAAGGCAGCUCAGAAGAGAAAGAGGGACAUUACUCUAGAUGACAUGUAUCACGAAGGCGAAGGAAACUUUGAUGAUAUCAGCGCUAAACCAUCAGGAGCUGCAACCCCAGUCUCACCUGCAGAGAAUAUUGGGACUCCCACCUCUACACCCGUCCCCAAGCGUGGGCGUGGUCGAGCCGGAAAAGGAACGUCCAAGAGAGCCAAAACAACCAAGGAGCGACUACGGCUCAUCGAUGGCGACGGAGGUUUAGGUAGCUAA